GUCAGCCAUUUUCUCUCAGUCAACCAUUUUCUCUUAGCCCUGACGGACGCGGUGCCUGCAGUAUAGCGGACGCGACGCGGUGCCGCAACAGAAUUUUCGGACAUAGAACGCGCGGCGCACGAAACAGACGGACGGACGGGAACGGGAACGAGAACGGUUCUUCCUCUGCUCUUUUGGCCCUUUGUGGAUAUGGAUAUUUAUGCUACGCGCUCGUGUGUUCGUGUGUAUUGUCGGGAGUGUGCCACUGUGUGUCUUUGGAUAAUUAAACCAACAACAGCCACAGCAAGAGCAACAUAAACGGUGGGAACGUUGCAGCUCCUCCGACACAGCUAACCCAAACGAAAUGCGCCAAGGGGACAGUGGAAAAAGAAAAAGAAAAGCUUAAAGCCGAAGCGCCAGCGAGUGAGUGAGUGUGUGGAGUGGCGGAGGUCUGGUCCCCGCGGUCCAUGUGGUGACACAGUGUGAAAAAUCCAAUAGCAAAGGAUACAAGAAACCAGCGGGAGCUGCUGCCUUUGGAUACAGCUUGGAAUACUGCUUCGGAUACAACUACUUUGGAUAACGUUAAAACGGCGUGGCCACUUCGCUGAGCUGCGCGGACUCCAGCACGGGCUCCAGUGAGGAUGCGUCCGAGCCCGGCUCCCCGUACAGUGCGCACUCGCAACUGAGCGACGAACAGCUGACCAAGAUGCCGCCCCAGAUACUCAGCGGGAGCAGUAGCACUCCCAGCGGCCCGAACAGCUCCUCCACAGCGUCCUCCACCUCCACAUCCCACAGCAGGCCGACAGCAGCGGCGGCGACGGCUCCAGCUUCGGCCAUUCCCACCCACGGCCACGCCCACAUCCACAGCCUCAGCACUGCCAAACCCACAACGACGCCGAUGGCCAUGGCCUACUCCCAGGGGCGACAGCCCAGCCUGCUGCCCACCCUCCAGUGGCCGUGGAACACGAAUCUGGGCAGCACCUCCACCGCCGUGCCCGCCGUAGCGGCCAACAAGAAGCGUCCAGCUGGAGGAUCGGGACCGGGCGCCGGCGGCGCAGAGGGGAGCAGUCCGGCCUCGGCGGCGGCCAAGAAAAGUCGCUGCGAGCCCCAGGCAGGCAGCGACGCGAGCAAAAGACUGAAGGCGGCGGCCCUCGAGGAGUCGCAGACGAAGAUCACCGGCUUCUUCAAGUCCCAGAUGAAGCCCUCGCCGGGGGUCAAACUGUCGCCGCCACCCAAUGCCAACGCCAUCGCCAGCACAGCCCCUGCCCUGCACCCGGCCAACACGCUGACCAUGAGCACGCCCGCCACGACCGCCUCCUUGAACAAGUACUUUAACAUUUUGUCGCAGCUCAAGGAGCAGAAACAGCAGCAGCUGCAGAUGCAACAGCAGGCGACAAAACAGGCCACGCCCAGCCCCGCUGUCCUGGCGCCGCCACAGCCGAAUGUGAGUGCAACGACACAGGCGCCACCGCCACUGCCAGCCAGCCAGACGACGAGUCUGCCCGUUCCGGCUCUCAAGAAGAUCGAGCGGAGCACCAAGCAGCCGGCGAAGAUCGCCCAGGUGGCGCCGAAUCUGCGCAAGACGCCCAGCAACGGCAGCAACCACAGCAACUCCUCCUCCAGCUCCUCGUCCUCUACCUCCUCGAACGGCUCCAACAGCUUCCACACGGGGGUGGGCAAGUCGCCGGCCAAGAAGCACGUGGCCAUCGCACCGCGAACGCCCGAGAUGAAGCAGCAGCAGCAGCUCCAGCUGCAGGCGCAGGCCGGAAAGGCGGCCAUGUCCUACCGUCCGCCGGGCACGAGUCCGGCGCUGAAGCAGAAGAUCUCCCCGGCCCCAGGGCCAGCCACCAACACUGCCGCAUGCACCGCCAUCACGCAUCCGACGACGCCGGCCGCCCCGAGCCCCAACGCCAAUCCCAACCCCAAUGUAACGCUCUACCAGCUGCCCGUGCAGCUGCCGAAUCUAGUCCAACUGCCGCCCCAACUGGCGGCCGCCGCCAACAUCAUGCAGCUGAACAACGUGGCCAAGGCGGCGAUGGCCACGGCAGCGAACAACAAUGCGGCCGCCGCACAGGCGGCCCAGGCAGCCGCCGCCCAGUACUUCCUCAACGGAUCGGUGUUCAAGCUGCAGCAGGUGACAACGGCCACGACUACGACGGCCACCACGGCCACGGCAGCGGCCUCCACGGGCAAUCCCUUCGGUCUGCUCAGCGCCAACGAGCUGCAGGACCUGCUGAUGAAGCAGCAACAGCUCCAGCAGCAGCAGCUGCAACUGCAGCAGGCGGCGGCGGCCAAGGCAGCGGCGACCACGCCCUCGCCCAACAGUGCGCCCAACUUCCAGGAGCUGUUCCAGCAGCAGAUUGCUGCCGCCAUCCAGCAGCAGCAGCUGCAGCGACUGGUGCAGGGAGGAGCCGCCGCCGCUGCGGCCCAGCCAGGGUUCAUGGCCACGCCGGCGGGUCUCCUGCUCAACGCUGCCACGCUGCCUGCCAUGCUGGCCCAGGCGGCGGCAGCCAUUGCGGCCAACAAUCAGCAGCAGCAGCAACAGCAACAACAACAGCAGCAGCAGAAAUUGGCCGCCACCCUGGCCCUACAGCAUCAUCAACAUCAUCAGCAACAACAACACCAGAGCCUGCCCGCCCUGCAGCCCAUGCCCGCCCUGAGCUCAAUCUUCGAGCCUUCGACGGAGCAGCAGCAGCAGCAGCAGCAACAGCAACAGCUGCAGAUGCAACAACUGAUCACUGCCAGCAACAACCAUAAUGCCUGGAAUAAUCUAAGUAGCAUCAACAGCACUGCCAUGCAACUGCACCAGCAGCAGCUGCAACACCAACACCAACACCGGGCGAUUGUGAAGCCUCCGAGGCUCAGCUCCAGCCAGCCCCCGCCUCUGGUGACCAUCUCGAACUCAUCCAUGGCCACCAAGCCGCCGAUCCUGCCGCGUCGCAAGGUGACGAGCACGUCUUCCACCACGUCGCAGAUCUUCGGACUGCGGCCGCCCACCGAUGAUGUUGACCUCAAGAGCAGGACACGCUCCCUGCCACCCAAGACGGCCCCUGCCAUUGCCACGCCUACGACACCACCGCCACUAGUGCCCACAUCGGCCACCAAAGAACUGUGUCAGCUGCGGAAGAGCACGACCCCAGUGGCAUCCGUAGCCACGGUCGCGCUCGCGCUGGCGCCCACUCCCACGACAUGUAAUCCCACGCCGCCGCUGGUGAGCAUUGCGCCCUCAAAGCUGACGCCCACGCUGAGCAUGGCGAAGGUCCAGGUGCCGGCCCUGAAGUUGGGCACCAGCAGCAGCAGCAGUAGCAUCAAUGGCGGUGGCGGUGGCGUCACACCCGAUCUCUUUGACCUGGUCAAGAACUCGCACGGAGCCAUCAGCAUCGUGGCCAAGGCGAGCAGCCAUCCGCUGACGCCGCUGCCCUUCAGCUCGCCGAGCAGCAACAGCAGCAGCAGCCUCCUGCGAUCCUCGCCGGCGCUGUCCAGCUCCAACUCGUGCACGCUGUCGGCCUUCAGCAAGAUCAAGGCGGAGGAUUCGGCCUCUGCCCUCGUGGCGGCAGUCUCGCAAUGCUCCUCGGUCUCCUUCCUGGCCUCGCCCAAGCCGCAGAGCUUUGCCGGCCAGCUGCCUAGCAGCAGGGGCACUGUGGACGUCGUGAAGCACGACCUGCUGCCGGAGUGCAGCAACAGCAACUCGAACUCCAACUCCUGCAGCAGCUACUCCAACAGCGUCAGCUCCGCGGUGGAUCUCUCGCUGGAGCCCUCGACGCCCGCCUCCCUCAGCUCGCCGGCGCCGUCGCCCUCGGCUGGCAGCAGCAGCAGCCGGAGGGCUGCCAGUCAGACGGACAUGCUGAGCGAGAUGGUCACCUCGUCGUGCAUCUCCAGCGGGGGCGAGGACUGCUCCCAGACGACCACAGACAUGACACAGCCGCCGCCGGAGAAGAGCGAGCCGACGGCCACGCCGCCUCCGAUCGCCAGCAACAACAGCGGAGGAAGCAGCAGCAGCGGGAGCAGCAACUACGACGAGGAGGACGACAAGUCGGUGGGCUCCCUGGAGACGCAUCCGACGCACAAGCGGCUGCGGGAUCUGGCCACGCCCGAGUCCGGGAUCGGGGGCAGCCUGAGCAACAGCGAGAGCAGCAACUCCAUCGCGGAUGGCAUGUCUACCAAAUCCGUCUCGGCCUACCCGCCCACCACUGCCUCGUCCGCGUCCGCUUCCGGCUCGGACAGCAACUCCCUGGCCAGCAACGCACCGUCGCCCGAAGCUCCAGACUCCCCGGACUCGAGGUCCCCUUGCCCCACGCCAGCCAGCAGCACGGAGUCCACGAUGGUGGACACGGCCCUGGCCGAAUCCGCCAGCAAGAGCCUGCCCAAGAGCGCCAUUUCGCCGAUCCUCUCGCAGCCAAAGACCAUCCGGUUCCCGGCAGGAGCCGGCGCCGGCGGCAAGGGCGGAAAGCGGCACGACGGCGUCUGCUACUGGGACAAGUGCAACAAGAAGCACGAGAGCAACUCGAAGCUGCUGGACCACAUGCAGACGCACCACGUGAACACCCAGACGGGGCCCUUCGCCUGCCUCUGGGUGGGCUGCAAGGUGUACAACAAGGAGUCCUGCUCGCGCCGAUGGCUGGAGCGACACGUCCUCUCCCACGGCGGCUCCAAGCAGUUCAAAUGCAUUGUCGAGGGCUGCGGAAUAAGGUUCGGUUCCCAGCUGGCUCUGCAGAAGCAUGUGAACAACCACUUCAAUGCCACGGACAACGUCAAGGAGAGCGCCAGCAAGCGCACCUCCGAUCCGCCCGUGCCCAAGCAGCUGCGGAAGAACGGCAAGAAGCUGCGCUACCGCCGACAGCCCUUCUCAGCUCGCAUGUUCGACUUCUUCGACACGGGCAUCAUGGAGGGGCUGCAGCAUCGCCUGCGCCAGAUCAGCACGCUCACCAACGGCUCCCAGGCCAUCACCUUCCAGGGCCAGUGCCUGAUGCGGAGGCGCAACAGCCAGGGUGGCCACGAUUGCUUCGUGCGUUGGUCCCCGCGCGAGAUAAUAUCUGACGAGUGGUUGCCCGAGUGUCCGAAUCGGACGCGCUGCCACACGAAGGUGGUGCAGAUCAAGCACAUGUGUCCAGCGGAGAAGACCCGCGUGGACAGCCUUCUGAGUACGGCCUUCAGGCUGCGCUACGACGCCCAGCUAUUUGCCGACGACUACAAUGUGAACGAGCUGCAGGAAAUGGGCGCUAGUGACUGCGAUGAUGACGAUGAGGAGGACGAGAAUGAUGAAGAGGACGAUGAGGAGGAGGAGGAGGACGAUGGCGUCUCUGCGACGGUCAGCUCGAGGACUGUCAGCAGUGGGACCGUGUCCAGCUACCAGCAGGUGCUCAGCGUUGCCGAACUGCAGAUGCAGCAGCGUCGCAAGCACCCCCGCAAACCGCCCAAGAUGGUGGCCACGGAUGCUCUGGUGCCUAUUUAAGAACCACAGAACAGCAAGCAACCGCAGAAAAGUAAAAGUAUUCUCUAAGUAAUUACACACACAGAAAAUCCACAAGCGACAAACGAGUAAACAGUGACAACUAGAAUAGAUAUUCUACGAUCUAAGUUAAGCCAUCAUACCAUAUGCUAUAAAGAUCUAUUAACAGACACAGCCACAGCCACCAUCUAGGGUGCAGUGCACCAUCCCAUAGACAGGGCCCGCUUCGUUCAGUUGCCCUAGCUGUCCCAUUUCGCUGUAAAUUGUACAUACAUUUAUCCUGUGGCCACCUUAUCGCAACCCACCCGCGCGUUCGAUCAACUGUUAUGAACAAAUGUCUUAAGUUGUAACGUUGUCUAGUUGUAGGUUUUAGCCCUUAGUUAAUUGUACAUUUUGAUAGAGCCCAUAGGGAGUAUGGACUAUGGGCUAUGGAGUACGGAGUGGACAAGACUUGUUUGUUUCUAAUGUAUUUUUUAUUAGUUUAUCGUUUAUCCACACGUUUUAUUUCGUUAGUUCGUUUCGUUCGUUCUAUUGUUGUAGUCGUACCUUUAGGACCUGGCCAAAACAUCCAACCACGCACACAACCCUCGUCUUGGCUCGGCUCGUGGGUCAACGGGUUAACUUUAAAAUAGAGCAGAGAGAGGGAGAGAGCAAAAGCAAACGCAAAGGCAAAAGGUGGUAGAAGGUAGAAAAACAAGCAAAGAAGAACACAAGACUUGAAGCAUUUACAAAAGCUAUAAUAAGCUGCAUCAAAUAUUUGUAAAACAUUUUGUACUCAAUUCGAACAGCAAUGCAAACACCAUUUUUAAGCCUAGGCCCCGAGACACGAUUGAUUAUCCAUUAAGUUAGUGCAAAUCCCAUGCAAAACUCGUCUCCAAGAGGAGCAGUCUGUACAUAAUAUAUUAUAUAUCAUUAACUAGUUUCGCUCUUAAGCCCUUAAGCCCCUAAACCUACCUUAAACCUAAACGAAUCAUUCAGAACCUAGCCAAGGUAAAAAUAAACACAGCAUACACAAACACACACUUUAGUGCGAUGUAUCCUAUCCUAUCUAUUCUUUUCACUGAUGUUGCUGUUGGUUUUACAUACAUAUGUACAUACAUAUCUGAACAGCAGACCCAUAUAAAAGAAAAUUCGCCUUAACAGUAAACGUAAUUUAUAAUUCUUUCUACGCCAAUAAAUUUAUAAGUGAAUUUUUAACGUAAGUAAAACCAAAAGCAACCAAACGUAAACUGAAAAUCGAAAACGAAACCGAAACCGAGUACUCAACACUGCCAAAAAAUGUAAUUGAACAACAUGAACCACACAGUUGUUAGGAACGACUGAUAUAUUUAGAGAGCAAGGAGUCGGAGAUGCCCCAAUGGCAAUCCUUUUUCAAUAUGUUGCAACCAUUAAACUGCCCAAAAGAGAGAUGUGCAUCAUAGCUACAUGUAUCAUCUGAAUAUCUGAGUGUUGUCUGAAGAUAGUGUAGAUACGUCUCUGUGCCCCAAUUAGUUUUAGCCGAUAAUUGUAUACAAGAAUCAAAUAUAUAUAUAUGUAUACACGA